AUGAUUCCAAAAUAUUUAUGGCUUGUGUUCCUUGUGGGUCUUCUGCUCAUUGGACACAUCCAGUCUCAGCACUGCACCUCAGAGAAUGCUUCCUUCAGAAGAGUCACCAGGGAGAACAUGAGACUUCUGAGCAACCUGAGCAAUUCGUUUCCUCUACAAUGUCUAAGUGACAUCAACGAUUUUCGAUUACCCCAAAAUGUCCUCUCAAACUCCCAGCUUGCGGAAAGGGGCAUCAAGGAAGUCGCCUAUGAAAUUUCCAUACAGGUCUUCAGUGUCUUCAGCCGGCACACCUCAGACUCCAUUUGGAACGAGGAAUUCCUGACACAAAUCCAAAGUGGACUUUCUGAGCAAACGGAAUACCUGAAACAAUGCUUGGAAGAAGAGGAGAACGAAAAUGAAGAAAUGACAACACACGAAACAGAGCACCCCGGAGCUCAGGUCAUCCAGCAGAGCAAACUAGCGCUGAGGAGCUAUUUCCAAAGAAUAGAAAAUUACCUGAGGGAUAAGAAAUACUAUUACUGUGCCUGGAAGAUUGUGGAAGUGGAAAUCAAAAGAUGUUUCUCCUACUUCCUGAAAUUCAUAGAACUACUCAGAGGAAAUUAG